CCCUACAGGGCGAUCAAAUUGCUUGAAGAAGACUUGGAGGAAUCGAUGUUGCAUACCUAUGCUUACGUGGGGUGUAUGAUGGGACGUAAAGCCAUGGCGUUGCAAGCAGGGAUUGAAGAGGUCUAGCCCGCCGUUUAGGCAGCCCAUCCAAUUUGCCUCUGAGCAUACCACCUCAGUCCACGCGGGCGCAGGGACUGCUGCAGCACCCAGAGAUAGAGAGUCGCUGGCCCAGUCGCUUGGGAGUGUGCAACCUCAAACGUCUCUGUGAGUUAUCUUAUACACUGCAGGCUCACAAGACAUCACGAUCGUUUCUAGGCCACCGCUCGAGCGAUUUGGCAAAUGCCAUCUCUUGCGAACAAUGUCAGAACAUACAUACUCCUCUGCCAGCAUUUCAUCUCCCGUCAGUAUCAAAGAAGUGCCGCAAUCCCGUCUACAGCAGCAAUACUCUUGUGUCGCCUGUAAAAAGCGCAAAGUACGCUGCGAUCGCCAGAUGCCAUGCUUAAGGUAGAAUCUGUCUCCUGUAUCAGUUGCAUUGAAACAGGUCUGGAAUGUAUUCCUGGUUCGCGGGCACCAUAUACACGUCGACGACAUACAAGCGUGCCGGAGCCGUCGAUAAUGAAGUCGUCAACUACGCCGGUUGUGGUUAGUCGUGAUAUUGCCGGCGCAUCCGGACCCGUGCCCAGCUUCGGCCAGUAUGUAAACAUGC